AACCCGGAGAGAGAGAGAGAGGAGGGAGGGAGGGAGGGAAAGACAUGGGGAGCUAUUCCUCUGAGCCAGAGAUAGAAUCCCCUGUUUCGAUCUCAAACCUGAGCCCUAGCGUCUUCCCGGAGGCAAAGAAGAAGCGGCAGCGGUUGAGGGAGCUGCUGCCGGCACCGCCGGAGGAGGAGGAGGAAGGGGAGGUGAUUUUGUAUGAGGGGAGGGCGAGGAGGGAGGAGACAUGGCCGAGGAAGAGUGGGGAGGUGAUGCUGGAGGGCUACGUGGAGGUGGCGGACGGUGGCGGGGAGGAGGGCUCGGAGGGGUUCGGGAGGACCAAGAGCCUCACGGACGAGGACCUGGUGGAGCUCAAAGGGUGCCUCGACUUGGGGUUUGGGUUCAGCUACGAGGAGAUCCCCGAGCUUUGCAACACCCUGCCGGCCCUCGAGCUCUGCUAUUCCAUGAGCCAGCGGUUCAUGGACGAGCAGCAGCAGCAGCGAUCGCCGGAUAGAUCCGAAGAGGCCGUGGAGCAGUGUGCGGCGGUGAGCUCGCUUCCGAUCGCCAAUUGGAGGAUCUCCGAACCUGGGGACCAUCCUGAAGAGGUUAAAGCAAGGCUGAAGUAUUGGGCCCAAGCCGUAGCGUGUACUGUUAGAUUAUGCAGCUGACAGAAGUUGCAUACCUGAGUUAAUCUACUAUCAUGGAUUAUUGUACAUGUAUCAACUUCUGGGGCUUUCUGUUUGUAAAGUGAAUCCUCUAAAGAGGCUUUGCAAUUUGAUGCCAUCAGGUAUGCUGUGAUUCUUUCAACAGAGAUGGUUCUGCCAGAAUUUAAUGCCAAUCAUAAAUAUGGUGUCAUAAGAGGAGGAGGAGGAGGAGGAGGAGGAGGAGGAGAGGAAACAGAGGGAUGAGAGUCUGAGAUCUGAGAUUAAACUAAUAAUGUCUGACAAGCUUUUGCGAUGAAUGAGUAAAUAUAUGUUGUUUCUUGUAUGAGAAUUAAAAUGAUUAAAUAUUUUCCUUCUCCAUCUUUAAUAAUCUGUAUAUACUUAAAUUUGUUUUUGACAAAUGUAUUGUUGUUCUUAAAAGGAGAAUAAGUAACUAAGCUUACUGGUACUAGCAGAGUGAAUCCAAGGGACAGCAUGGAAAUCUCAGCUGUUCCAGUGAUUCUUGUUUCAGUAACUCUAGCAGUAGGUAGAAUUUGGUUGGUUUCGUCAUUGUAGUCUUGUUGCUUCAGACAGGAUGAAGCACCCAAGGUUACAACUGUAGCAUCGGUGCCAAAAAAUAGCAAGCUACUCCAUCAAGGGGAGCUGAUGCUUUGGCUAGUGUUUGCCAAUGAAAUGGGUGGUUGAAAUACUGAUUGACAGGCACGAAGAUAGAUAUCUGGGAUCCAAACUUCCUUCUUGGUACGCCAGCAUUUGUAGGUUGCAACUUUCACAUAUGUUAAUGAAUAUUCUAGCAGAGGGUCAUGGUGAAUGUCCCUGGAAGUGCUUUGAGAAUGCAAGAUUGAGCUAGAAGCAAGGUGAUAUCCACUUGAACAGAGGCUGACUUGCUGCAGGUGAAGAAAUGAGUAGAUUUUUUUUUUUUUUGUGGCACUGUAUUUCUAUGUUCAGAAAGUAACUAGUAAAAGUGCAGUUACUUAUUCCUCCUAGUAUUCACAAUUUGAAUAUUGCAAUCAGUAUUCAGCGUAGUGUCCAUGUCUCAUCCUACAAGAUCGGAGUAAAGGUCAUUCAUGUGAGAAUGCAUAAAUAAUUCUUCAUUAUGUGUGCAACAAGAGAAUUCAUGAGCUUAAACUACAUGGUUUGGUCACUGUACAA